UCGAAUCGAGCAAUUUUGGCCGAUGCCGCGAUGUGCGGAUUUUCGUGAAAAAAGCGUGAAAACUCGUGAAAAACAGUGAAAAAUCGUGGUUUUUCGUUGCGGAGCCGUGCGUGUUCUAAUCCGCUCGUUUGGAGCCUUUGUGAAACGGAAAUUACGACGCACUUUCGAUUGGUGCGGGCUGGGGCUGCUGGUGCGGUUUAGCUUGUUCCCCCAAACGGGAGCCCUGCUGCCGACGAAAAAAUGUCUUCAGAGUUCGACAAGUUUAACGAAUCUUUGAAGGCGUCGUUCUGGAAAAAUGUUAAAAAUAAUCGAGCCGAACGCAAAGCUAACGGUACCAGCUGCCGAAUCGAUCCAACAGCCACCGCUGGCGUGGUGCCGGACCAAGCGACGCUGCAGGAACGCGCUCCGCCACCACACGUCUCUCGGGUUUACAGCACCAAGUGCGAUGCGGAGGUCGAUGCGUCGCUAGAGGAACUGCUGGCGAAAGAUCCGAAAUGUGAUGAAUUUGAUGACUACGUUCCGCCUAGGGCGCCCCGGACGCCACCCAUGCCGGACGAUUACGACGAUGAUCUGGGUACACAUCGCCCUCAGACACCGAUCGAAAUCCCAGUGGACGACGAUAUCGUCGAAAUCGGUGACUCACCGGAUCAUCUGGGCCGGCAUGCGCUGGAGAAAGACACCAAGGCCGACGAGCUGCUGCUGGAGAAGCUCUGGAAAUACUUUGGCCAUCGCGACUUCAAAAGCCAUCUGCAAAAGGAGGCGAUUGAAACCAUCAUAGCUCGAACCCGCGAUGUGUACGUUUCCAUGCCGACUGGAGCAGGUAAAUCGCUCUGCUUUCAGCUGCCCGGUGUCAUGCAGGAUAACAAAGUAACGAUCGUGUUUUCGCCACUGCUGGCGCUGAUCAAAGAUCAGCUGGACACAUUGGCUCGGAUAAAGAUUCCGGCCGAUUCGAUCAACUCCAAAAUGGGUUCCCGCGAUCGGGAACGCGUGUUGAACGAUCUGAAGGCGGUCAAGACGGACAUACGCUUCCUCUACAUCACGCCCGAGCAAGCUCAGACAGCCAUCUUCAAGGAGAUCAUACAGCAUUUGGUCAAACACCGGAAGGUGGCAUACAUUGUGGUUGAUGAGGCGCACUGUGUUAGCGAGUGGGGUCAUGACUUUCGCCCGGACUACCUCAAACUUGGUGCUCUGCGAAGCGAAUACCCUUCCAUACCGUGGAUUGCGCUAACGGCAACCGCCUCCAAGCAGGUGGUGGCCGACAUCUUCAAGAACCUGAGGCUGAAAGAGCCGGUCGCAAAGUUCAAAACCCAAUGCUUCCGCCACAAUCUCUACUACGACGUUGUAUUCAAGAAUUCCAUUCAAGAUGAUUACCUUCAUUUGAAGGAGUACAUCGAAAGCAUCCUCGGGAAACAGGAUGAAGUAAAACCCAGUAAACGCGCCUGCGGUAUCAUUUAUUGCCGUACGCGGGAAACGACGGAACGCGUCGCAAUGAGUCUCACGAAGCUGGGCUUACGCACCGUGCCGUACCACGCUGGUUUGAAGCAGUCUGAGCGUGAAACCGUACAGGAAGAUUGGAUGGAGGGGAAGUAUGUGGCAAUAGCAGCCACCAUCAGCUUUGGUAUGGGUGUCGACAAAGGCUCGGUGCGCUUCGUGGUCCACUGGGACAACCCACAAAAUGUAGCAGCGUACUACCAGGAAUCGGGACGCGCUGGCCGUGAUGGAAAGAAAUCCUACUGUCGCAUUUACCAUUGCCGUGACCAGUGUAAGUCGAUCGAUUUUCUACUGAAGCAAGAUUUGCAAAAGAGCAAGGACACUGGAAAGGAGGCGGCAGCGAAGCAGGCGAUUAAAAAUUUCGAGAAAAUGAUCGAGUUUUGUGAAACCGUGCGGUGCCGCCAUCGGCUGUUUUCGGACUUCUUUGGUGAUGAUCCUCCCGAGUGCCGGAACAUGUGUGAUGUGUGCGCCAGCCCGAAAAAGGUUGAAAAGGCACUCGAAAUGUUUCAGCAGUUUGCUUUUACCGGAAAGCUCAAAACCAUGACUUCGUACGAUGACGAUCCGUCCGACCUGUACGGUGGGGGUCGCAAGGGCUACGAGAUCGACUACUAUGAUGGUGGAAGCAGCAGCAACUAUAGUGAGGGACGUGAGAAGCGCAAACAAGUGGAAUCGGCAUUGUUGAUACAGAAGCAAUUUGCGUUGCGCAGGGCAGCGGCGGCGAAGGAUAUGAGCAUGCAGCGAACGGGUUCCAUCGGCAGGAUUAAGUAUGCCAUGCAGACGCCGGUGAAAGUGAGCGGUUUGACGAUUUCCACGCGUGAGAAAAACGUUACUACGCUGGCCGAUAUGCUGAAAAAGAAUGUGGAAAUCUGCAAGGGUAUCGAUGAGCCCGAUUACCCUCUCGUGUAUAAGGACUUUGAGGACAUUGCAGUCGAAAUGGAGUACGAAGCGUUCACCAAAAACACUGUUAAAAGUUUGUACCACCGUGCGAUUGUCAUGCAGGUGAAAGCGC